GUCGUUUCUGCUCCUGGAAAGGUCAUUUUGUCUGGCGAAUAUUCCGCCUUAUGGGGUAAACCCGCUAUCGCCGCCGCAAUCGGCCUCCGCUCCUAUCUCUUAGUGACUCCACGCCCCAAAAGCGAUCGACGAGUCACGCUAAGACUGACCGACACUGGCUUCAACUGUACGUGGGACUUGGAUACCUUGCCAUGGGGAAUCACAAAGUCAUCCAAUAGUCCAGCCUCCGUAAUCCGUGCGCUUCAGCGUCAGCUCGGAGAUCCCAACGGCGCCGUUCUUGCAUUCUUAUACAUGUACCUUUCUUUAGCAUCCCGUACCACAACCGGUGCAACCUACACUCUUCGCUCGCAGAUUCCUAUUGGGGCUGGUCUGGGCAGCAGUGCAAGUUUCUCAGUAGUGGUUGCGACAGCUAUCUUAAUUCAGACGGGCGUCAUCAUUCCCAGAGACAACGAACUGUGCACAGAAGAAGAUCUGAGAGCCAUCGAUCAAGCAAGCUAUCUAGGAGAGCGAUGCUUUCAUGGAGCGCCCAGUGGUGUGGAUCAUGCUACCUCGCUCCGAGGUGGGGCGUUGUACUUCCAGCGAGAUGCUCUGUCCAACUUCACCCAACCCACGAUAGACCGGAUUGCGGAGUUUCCGGAACUUCCGAUCCUUGUCGUUGAUACUUGUCAAAUGCGAUCGACCGCGAGCGCUGUCAAGAGUUUUCAGCAAUGGAUCGGGUCCCACCAACGAGGCGCUGGAUGCAUAAUUGACUACAUUCACCUAACAACGGAGCUGAUCCGCAAGACGCUCGUCGCAGCACCGAAACAGCAACCCGAUCCAGUUUUCAUCGAGCAAAUGGGAACCCUCCUUGAAAUCAAUCACCAACUCCUACAGCCUUUGGGGGCGUCUCACCCUCGCCUUGAGCGAGUGCGCACGGUCUUAUCGCAUCAGAGGCUUGGGUGGACAAAGCUUACUGGCGCCGGCUGCGGGGGAUGUUCUCUUACUCUACUCAGUUCACAAGCACACGGUGUGCGUCUGCAGGAGGGGAUCGAUCAUUUGACCUCCGAGGGGUUUGAAGUUUAUAGGACAGAAUUGGGUGGCGCAGGGUUAGCUAUUCUAGUGCCG